AACAGUGCAUCAUGACAGGUUUGAUCACUGAACUUGGCAGCUCGCGGUCCCAAGUGAGGUCAAGCACGUGGAUUAAUGCUGUUUAUUUGAAUAGAUGCUAUCAAUGACAGCAGCACGACCAUAAACUAUUUACAGUGUUAAGGUCAGCCGAUGAGCCGGGGCUUCUCUAGACAUCAUGGGUGCUCAGAGUCCAGAGACGGGUGGUGGCAUUACUCCAAUCCAGCAGAUGGUGGCGUCCUGCUCCGGCGCUUUACUCACUUCACUGUUCGUCACACCCCUGGAUGUUGUGAAAAUCCGACUACAAGCUCAGAAAAACCCUUUCCCUAAAGGAAAAUGUUUUGUCUACUGCAAUGGCCUGAUGGAUCAUAUAUGCGUUUGUGAGAACGGCAACUCCAAGGCCUGGUACAAAGCUCCUGGCCGCUUCAAUGGGACAUUAGAUGCUUUCCUUAAGAUAAUUCGCACUGAGGGAGUAAAGUCAUUAUGGAGCGGUUUGCCUCCAACUCUUGUGAUGGCGGUGCCAGCUACAGUCAUCUACUUCACGUGCUAUGACCAGCUGUGUGCUGCACUGAGAUCCAGGAUGGGCGAUCGUGCGCAAGAAGCUCCCCUGCUGGCUGGAGCCAUCGCCCGAGUGGGUUCAGCGACAGUGAUCAGCCCAUUGGAGCUGAUCCGAACAAAGCUGCAGUCUCAGAGACUGUCCUACAGAGAACUGAGCGCCUGCAUCCGCUCGGCCGUGGAGACGGAAGGUUGGCGGUCUCUGUGGCGAGGUCUGGGGCCCACCCUUCUCCGGGACGUCCCUUUCUCUGCCAUGUACUGGUACAACUAUGAGUUGGGCAAGAGCUGGCUGUGCGAGUGGUACAGCACCAGGGAGCCCACGUUCACCAUCACCUUUGCUGCCGGAGCGGUGUCUGGAUCUGUUGCCUCCAUUGUCACGUUACCGUUUGACGUCGUGAAAACCAGAAGGCAGGUGGAACUCGGAGAGCUGGAAGCUAAGAAUUUGCCAAGUCGUGUGUCUUCAUCCACCUUCAGCGUGAUGGGCAGGAUCGUGGCGCAGGACGGCUUCAGCGGACUCUUUGCUGGUUUCCUCCCGAGGUUGAUCAAAGUGGCGCCUGCAUGCGCCAUCAUGAUCAGCACUUAUGAGUUUGGCAAGGCGUUCUUCCGCAAAUACAACCAGGAGAAAAGCCUCGGCCCCCUGCAGACCAGUAACACCUGACCUGAACCAUGGAACUCUAAAGACCCCUCAAGCCAAAACUUUAUUAGAAGAUGUAUGAAUAUAAAAUGUAUGUUGAUUAUUAUUUUUUAAAUGAUAUUUAUCAUUCAAUUACGACUGAAGAACCUGCCUAUGUUACUAAGUCAUUCAUCACCUCCUCACAUAGUGAAUCACUUUGCCUCUGAUUCUUGUUAUGCGUUUCGAUGUCAAACAUUGCAAUUAUUUUAUAUAGAAAUGUUGACAGGAUGAAGGAACUGCACAAAUACAAAAACACCAACAUUAAAGCUUUUGUUGUGUUCAUUGCUACUUCUCUAUCAAUGAUCAAAGAUUCUGAGUAAAAUUCAGUAUUGCUUCCUAAGUCACAAA